AUGGAACCUUCAGCAUCCCAAAUCCAUGAUGAGGAAGAGUUGUUGGAUAUUGUGGCUGCCAGAAGCCGGGGAGAUACUAUAGAGGAAGAGCUCAGAAAGCUGGAAAAGUUUGAAUUGGAGGCGCAACAGAGAGAAGAGGAGCAAGCAACGGGGGAGGAAAUGGGGAGGUCAUUCCAGUCAUUGCUGCAUCAUCCCAGCACAACAAGCGACGAACCCAUGGGAGAGGAAAUCAAAGAAGAAGAAAAGGAAGAUGAUAUCUCUAUUUCGAACGCAGUACAAGAUCAAAUAAAGAAUCAUCCUCAAGUUGCCAGGGAAACUCCGGCAUCAGACGCUGGUCAAGAGGACCGUCCAAGCACAAAAGGUGACAACCCCACAGGAGAGGAAACCAGAAAGGAAGAAGCUGGUCUAGAGGGCGAGUUAGCGUUUCCGCAACCAAGUUUGACUCACGGGCAAAAUCAGCAAGAUGUGGCUACCAUGCAUCCUGGAGCAUAUGCAAUGCCCCCCCAGAACAGAAGCAAUGAAAGUAUGGCAGAUGACCAAGCUACCUCUCCCACUGACAACAAUACUGGAUUGGUCGUGGCGAACCAGGUUGAAGAAAAUGAAGAACCUACACAGAUUGCUAGACCCGACCAUUUACAUCCAAAAAGCCGAUCAACCUCAAUGAUUCUCAUUACCCUUAUUCUCGUUGGUACCCUUCUCAUCGUUGGAGUGAUUGUUGGUUCCAUCUGUGGGGCUGGUCUCUGCAAAAACAAAGAAGGUGACAUGGAGACUCAGGCUCCCACUUCCUCUCGGUAUUUUGUUUUGGAGGACAUUCAAAACCGAAUUGAAAAGGCUUUUGGGCCCCACUAUUUUCCCAAGAAUGAGGAGGCAGAACCCACCCCAAAGACUCGAGCACUUGAUUGGAUCGUUUUUGAGGAUCCUCUGCAGCUCAACCCAGAUGCCAACAAUCUUCUACAGAGGUUCAUCUUGUCAUUAACUUACUUUCAAACAUCCCAAGAGAGCGAUUGGCUUAUCUGUUCCCCAUCUACAACUGCAAAGGAUGAAACAUGCUGGAUUCAAAUUGGGGCGUAUGAAUCAUGGGGAAGUAGGUGGCUUACGGGUGUUCAUGAAUGUCAAUGGACAGGAAUUGAUUGUGACACUGAGAAGAACAUUACUCGGUUGCAGCUUUGGGACAAUGGAUUGAACGGCCCUCUGCCCACAGAGCUGGCAAGUCUUCCAGCUCUGGAAGAUAUAGACCUUAAGGGGAACCAACUGACGGGCACGGUUCCAAGCACUUAUGGCAGCUUCCUUUCCCUUUCUUCACUGCUUAUCACCCACAACCAACUCUCUGGAAGUAUUCCAUUGCAAUUAUUUGUUGAAAACAAGCUCACCACAUUAUCUUUUACAAACAAUUCGCUAACAGGGACAGUACCCACAGAAGUUGGACUCUUUGAUGGGACUGGUCUUGCAUUGGAUUCAAACAGCCUGUCUGGUUCCAUUCCCACAGAGCUCUUUCAGACUGACAAAAGAAUCGGAACUUUUCUUUUAAACGACAAUAUGCUUACAGGAACUCUACCCACUGAAAUUGGAGCAUUGUAUGGACGUAAUCGAGUCAACGUCCAUUUGCAAGGGAACCCUUUGCGUGGAACCAUCCCAUCAGAAAUAGGACGUCUGAAAGGCUCGCUGAGCAAACUUGAUGUCAGUCGUACCAAUAUGGAUGGCUCGCUACCAGAGGAACUCUUCACCAGUUGUACCAACUUAGCUGGACUUUGGGUCUCUAACUGUGGCUUGACUGGGACAAUCAGCACUGGACUGCAGCUUUUGACAAAGCUGCAAUGGUUUGACAUGUCCAACAACAAGUUCCAUGGCACCAUCCCAGCACAGCUUUCUGCUCUGACAAAGCUAGUUCGGUUUAUUGUGAAUGGGAAUGACCUUUCUGGUUCCAUUCCAUCAUCUGUCUGUGCUUUGGCUGACCCUUUCAAGGGCACCUUUGAAGUGGCAGCUGACUGUUUGCCGAUGGAUGGGACCGGCAAUCCCAUGAAUAUCACGUAG